UAUUCUCGGAUGUGGUACAGAUCAAAUAGUCCAAAUUGAUCUAUUCUACGUGAAAUACUAGUUUUAUUGUAAUUAUUGUAAUUUAUACAAUAGAUUUAUAAAUAUAAAAUAUGAGUCGUCGAUCACAAGGGAAAAGUGACCAAUUCGAACCCCAGCAAACAGCCGAACAAUGGAAAAAGAUUCGUUCGGAUAUCAACUGGAAACUCGAGGCACAGAGACUAUUUCUCCUCAAAACAAUCUGCCAUCGAAUCGACCAAUCGAGCGGUCGAUAUCCCGACCUCCUGCAAAUAUUUCAGGGAGGAGAAGUAGAGCUUCUCCUCUUGGAUUCUAUAAAUAUUUGUAAAAAGGAAAACGAAGAUCGAGGUCAUCAAUUCAUCGAGUUCGUGGCUCGUAGCGGCUACAGGAACGAACCCGAGCACGACGUUGAGACCAAGCAGCCGUUGCUGUGCCGUACCACAAUUAUACAUCUAGUAGCCCGCCAAAAAAUUCAUCGAUGGAGGUACCUAAUCAGAGAACUUUUCAUCAUUUACAAUCGGUUCGACGCGAACUACGUCGACGAGGCGGGAUUCACGCAUUUUCAUGCGGCCUGCCAAGCCGGCCACACAGACCUCGUCGUUCGGUUCCUCGAGCUGGGACAGGUCGAUCCAAACUAUCUCGUGCGCGCGACCGGUGAUUCCGCUCUACACUUGGCACUGGCGCAAACCAAUUGUGAAGUAAUGCUCAAGGAAGUGCUGAAACGCGGCGCUUGUCCGAAUACGGCCAACCGCCGAGGAGAGAUGCCUCUGCAUCUAAUCGCGAAAAGACGCCGUGGCGGCAACAGAUUGGUUAAUAUACUGCUGGGAUACGCGCGAGAGCGUGUGCAACUCGACGCUCAAGACAAGGAGUAUGGUCGGACGCCGCUUCACUGGCUGUUGAAGCGGGGAUUCACGACAACUGCAGAGUUACUUCUUAGGCGAGGCGCCGAUACGAACGUGGCCGAUAUAAAGUCUGUUACUCCUUUACACAUCAUUUGCCGCGACGGUCACUACAAUCUGCUACAGCUGUACUUUAGUAUGAAAAACGACGACGAGGAAAUGUGGAGGAUUAAUGUGCGUGACGAAAGCGGCAACACACCGCUGCAUUUGGCUCUCGAACGUGGUCACCGCGCAGUGGCCCAGUCGCUACUACGACAUGGCGCUGAUCCGCACCCCGGCAACGCCCGUGGCGCGACACCGCUGCACCUUAUAGCCAAUAAAAAUCGUGGAGUUCUAAAAUUGACAAAAAUAUUGCUGAGAUCCGCGCGAGGACGUGUGCAACUCGACGCCCAAGACAAGGAGUAUGGUCGGACGCCGCUUCACUGGCUGUUGAAGCGAGGAUUCACGACAACUGCAGAGUUACUUAUUAGGCGAGGCGCCGAUACGAACGUGGCCGAUAUAAAGUCUGUUACUCCUUUACACAUCAUUUGCCGCGACGGUCACUACAAUCUGCUACAGCUGUACUUGAGUAUGGAAAACGAUGACGAGGAAACGUGGAGGAUUAAUGUGCGUGACAACACCGGCAACACACCACUGCAUCUAGCUCUCGAGCAAGGCCAUCACGCAGUUGCCCUCGUGCUGCUAAGACACGGCGCCGAUCCGCACACGGUCAACGCCCGUGGCGCGACGCCUCUGCGCCUCAUCUUCGAGCGAAAAAACAACUCACACGACCUGGCAAAGAUGCUGUACGAAGAGUGCGUGACGAUCCGACGCCAUCCCCAGUGGAGCUUCCAGCUGCGCCUAAGCAGCGAGGAAACAGCUGAGCUGCUGUCCAGAAGCGACGCGAACCCUUCCAAGCCGGACGAUCACGUCGCCGCGACUCUGCAGAUUUUUCUCAGAAAAGAUGUUGCGAGCGCGGGGGACGACGUGAAGAUGAUUUUCUUUAAGAUCGUCGACGAACAGAUGGAUACAAGAUCCGUGGCCACGGAUUUAUUCGACCUUAUCCGACCGAGCGUAAAAUUAAUGUUUUCCGACUCGUGCUAUCUCGGCAUGGUGUACGAGUCGAUGUACAGCAAGUCCUGCUGGGACUUCGAGCUAAGGCUGGCCAAGGGCGCACUGACGUUCAUCGAACAUCUGCGCAGCCAGCACGGAUACGAGCUGGAUCGCAACAAUGCCAUUAUGCUCAUGAGACUUUUUGCCGAGCAGGGACUGCUCAAAAAAACAGUGUCGGGACGCGACGACGACGAUCCAUGGUGGGACGACGAGGAGUUCGCGUCAAGAGCACAACAAAUUGUGCGAAAAAUUAUAAUUUUAGGUUAUAGUGAAGCGAUCGAUCGCUACGACAAGGAAUCCGAAUUAUUUACAACAGAGAUAGAACUGUCGCUCUACGACCUUGUCAAAUUGCCCGUCGACGAAGCGGCGAGGCUACGACUCGAGCCCCGGAACUACUUCGGUUUCGUGCGCUCCUGCAAGCGCGACCCGACGAUCGGCCCGAGGUACACGGAGGCCUGCCUCCUGCAUGUCUGUGAGAUAAUGACGAGGCGAUUCUUUCGGCUCUGGACACUCGAUCCCUUCAUGGAGCUGACGCAAUAUCGGCUGCCGAUUCUCUGCUGUGAAGCAAUCAUGAAAAAAUUAAAAAACCACGAUCUUUAUCACGUUUGCUUGGCGGCUACGGGCUGCGAGCGCCCGCUGCCCUUAAGAUUAUCUCUUCACAGUCGUUGGGGUUUUUUAUAA